UCAGAGUGUGACAAUGGAGUCGGUCCAGUCAAAGAUGAAGCCCAUCAAGUCUCCAAGACGAGACCAUACCUGAGCUAAAGGAAGCGUAUCGGAUUGAAACAUUUUGCAAAUCCGGAGGAGGAGGGGGGAAUUUUCUUUGAUCAGCGCGUUUAAUUAACAGCAAAGCAAUGGCUAUGAACCUCAUAACUGCAUCAAAUCCUUCUCUGUAACCAUUCCUUCUCCCGUCACUCCUAAACCCUAGUCCAUCCGAAUCGGUCUCUAAGCUCUGUCAUUCUUAGAUUUCAGUGACAGCAAAUUAUUCCUUUCUCGACUGAUCGGUUUUCUGUUUAACCAAUCUAGUCAAUGCAAUGGUGGUCUGCAAAUGCCGGAAGGCUACUAAGUUGUACUGUUUCGUGCACAAGGUCCCAGUUUGUGGGGAAUGCAUAUGCUUUCCGGAGCACCAAAUAUGUGUGGUUCGGACCUAUGCAGAAUGGGUCAUAGAUGGAGAAUAUGAUUGGCCUCCAAAGUGUUGUUCAUGUCAAAGUGUGCUUGAAGAGGGGACUGGUUCUCAAACCACCCGUUUGGGCUGUUUGCAUGUUACACAUACAAAUUGUUUGGUUUCACAUAUUAAAAGCUUUCCUCCACACACGGCUCCAGCUGGAUAUGUGUGCCCUUCAUGUUCAACUUCGAUAUGGCCCCCUAAGACUGUUAAAGAUUCAGCAUCUCGACUUCAUUCAAAGCUGAAGGAAGCAAUUGUGCAGACUGGUAUGGAAAAGAACUUGUUUGGAAAUCAUCCAGUUUCAUUGCCAUCAGCAGAAUCCCUUGCACCACCUCCUGCAUUUGCCUCAGAUCCUCUCGUUUCCGCAUCUUCUAAUGGAGGUGGGGAAUACAAUGUGAGCUCAUCUCAUUUGAUGGCAAAAGAUGAAACAAACACUAGCCAAGGAUACUCAGCUGCGACCGAAGCAGGUUCUGUUAAACUUUCAGUGAAGGAUAUUGUGGAGAUAGAUGGGCCUAGUUCUGCAGGGAAUUAUGCUAAAAAUUCUAGUCCUGUUGGUCCUGGUGCAACAACACGAAAGGGUGCACUCCAUGUAGACAGGCUGAAUUCUGAUAUAUCUUACUAUGCAGAUGAUGAAGAUGGGAGUCAUAAGAAGUACUCUAGGAGGGGUCCUUUCCGCCAUAAGUUCCUCAGAGCUUUGCUUCCUUUUUGGUCCAGUGCACUUCCGACAUUACCAGUGACUGCACCACCUCCACGUAAAGAUGGGGAUGAUGCCGCAGAAGGUCGAGUACGACAUCAAAGACCAUCAAGAAUGGAUCCUAGAAAAAUCCUUCUCUUCAUAGCAAUCAUGGCCUGCAUGGCAACAAUGGGUAUAUUGUAUUACAGACUUGCACAACGUGGUUUUGGGGAGGAUCAACCUGAAGAUGAGCAGCAGUAAUUAUCCUGAAAGUUGAGUCGGUGCUGGUAUUUACAACUCCCUUGAAUGCAGACCUAGAAGAUCUGUGAUAUUUAUUUAUUUUAUUGAUAAUAGCAUUGUAAAUCUGUGAUAUAUGUGCUUUGUCGCUGGACUUGGUACGCAUUUUUUUUUCUUUUUAUUGCGUAAUACUAAAUAAUUUCUUGAA